CCGCACGUGGCGGCCAUGGCGGGCGGCGGCCGAGAUGGCGGCGGGGGAAGGCGGGGAGCCGGCACCGGGCCCGGCCCGGCCGUGGCGCUCCGCGGGCCGCUCAUGGCCGCCGCGGGGGGCAGCCGGCUGCUGGCGGCGCGGUACCGGGAGCACGGGGACGAUAAUCUCUUCGUGUAUGAUUGCACCAAUGUGGAAAAGAAGGCCUUAGAAAACAAACGACAGGAUGGACAACCAACAGAUAAAGGAAGCGAUGACAUCCUAGCUUUUGCCUUCUCUUCAUCAGGAGAUUAUUUUGUCUUGACAGAUGACAACAAACGUCUGAUUCUGUUUCGUACUAAGCCUUCCUGGGAAUGUAUUAGCAUCAGGUCUGUGAAUCGGAGAUGCACAUCCGUCGUUAUUACAGCUGCUGAGGAUAAAAUUCUGGUUGCAGACAAAUCUGGUGAUGUCUAUUCUUACUCAAUAACAGAGCCACAAGCAGAAGGCAAACUUGAACUGGGGCACUUGUCUAUGCUACUGGGUGUGGCACUGAGCCCUGACGACCGCUAUAUCUUAACUGCGGAUAGAGAUGAGAAGAUCAGAGUGAGUUUGACUAAAGCUCCUUAUAACAUUGUAUCCUACUGCUUGGGACACAAAGAGUUUGUAAGCAGAAUAUUAGUAGUACCCAACUAUCCUGAUCUGCUGUUGUCUGCUUCUGGGGAUGGCACUCUGAGACUUUGGCACUAUAAAAGCGGGGAAGAAGUCUACUGCUGUCAUCUAAGCAGUGUCUGUGGGCCUGAUGCAACCAAAACAGACCAGAAAUACACUGUGACAAGAAUAGCCUACUGCUGUCAAGGAGGUUAUGUUGCUGUUCUGUGUGACUGUAUUCCCACAGUCUACAUCUUUCAGCUUGAUGCCGUUGCCCAGCAGCUAGUUUACAGACAGCAAAUCUCUUUGAAACAUAAAGGCUGGGACAUUGCAUUUGAGGAAGCAGGAGAUAUCUGGAUUUUGCAGGAAGAUAGCGAAGCCCCUCUUCAGUUGUACAGACCGUGUGAUGGACAGUGGAAGCCUGUAACUGAUGAUGAAGGAUUACAGAGGAUGUCAAAAUAUCUGCGUGACAACUGGACAGUGUUUGAAGGAUUUGUUGGUGCAGAGAGCCACUACAGCAGUCUCUACAAAGCUUCAUUUGAUAACACGACCGUCUACCUACAGAGGAAAGAGGAAAGGUUGCAGCAGCAGAAAAAGAAAAGGCAGGAUCUGCAACAUGGUUCUAAUGGACAAACAAAAAAGAUCAAAAUAGAAGAGCCAUCGCUAUAACACCACCUGUUGUUAGCUUGUAACUUCUGUCUUGACAAAAAGAACUCAUCUGGCUGUAGACUUUUUUUUUAAUGUAAAAUGUAGAAGAUUGGUUUAAACAUACAUUCAGAUUCAGGUUUUCAGGAAGCCUGAUAUGACAAUAUCCUGCUUGCAGCAGAUAUUUUAUAUGUGUAAGCUUCUAACAGCAUAAAAAUGUCAGCAGUUCAGUCCUAGAAAUCUCUAAUGCAUGCUAUGUGAAUAUUGGAGAUGGUUAUUUUCCUUGAAACGGGAUUUUCUUUUUGCCUACUGUGUUCAGGCUUGCAUUUUCAGGUGGAAGUGCACAGAUUAAAAUUGACUUUUUAAAAAACUUUUUUUUUAAGGUCUGAUAGUUAACAUAACUAACAUAGUAUAACAUAGUUAACAUAACUAACAUAGUAUAACUGGCUAUGGGGAAGGGAAUACUGCAAAAUUCUUGUUGUAUAUGAAAGGUUUUAGCUGAGGCUUAACUGUCUCUGUUUUUACCCCUUAUCUUCACUUUACCUGGUAAAGCUUCUGCCUAGCUUCUAAUCCAAUGCUUCUUUAUACAGGAAGGAGUGCAAAAACAGAUUUUAUACACUGGAAAGUUUAAAAAAAAAAAAAAAAAGUGUCAGUUAACUUUGUACUAUUGGAAGAUCCUUUUGUUGCAAUAUGAUCCUAGUGCCUCUGUGAAACUUACUUGGGAGGCCUAUGAGCAAUACUUUGGAAUGCAUUCUGCUUCUUUGAACAAGUACUUUCAUACUGCAAUUAGCCAAGAAACACAUCUUUUUGAAAAGUUAACCAGCAGGAGCCUUUUGGGGUCACUUGUUGCUCCUUCGACAGGCAGAAGAUGCCAUCUGUUAGAUGAAUGUGUAUCAUGUCUGUAUGGAAUAUGAUAUAUUUCAGCUGAGACUGUAAAACCAGAUGUUGAAAUCUGUACAAUCCAUUAAAAGUAUUCAGAAUUAGCCGAAGAAUCA